GGCUCGGAAGAUGGCUGCGGAGCCGAGCACCGGGCAGUGGCUGCGGCGGCGGCGGCGGCGGCGGGCCGGGAGCGCGGUGGGCUGGGGCUCCGCCUUGCGCGUGGGGCGCUGAGCCGAGAGUCGCGGAGGCGGCGGGGGUGCGGGGGCUUCGAGGGCCGCUCGGCGCCGCCUCCUGCCACACCAUGGGCAGCGCAGAGGACGCAGUCAAAGAGAAGCUGCUGUGGAACGUGAAGAAGGAGGUGAAGCAAAUCAUGGAGGAGGCUGUCACCAGGAAGUUUGUACAUGAGGACAGCAGCCACAUCAUUGCUUUAUGUGGUGCGGUGGAGGCUUGCCUCUUGCAUCAGCUGAGGCGCCGUGCCGCCGGCUUCCUGCGCAGUGACAAGAUGGCGGCCCUGUUCACCAAGGUGGGGAAGACGUGCCCAGUGGCGGGGGAGAUUUGCCACAAGGUACAGGAGCUGCAGCAACAAGCAGAGGGCAGGAAACCCUCAGGGGCCAGCCAGGAGGCACUGCGGAGACAGGGCUCAGCCAGCGGGAAGGCUCCGGCCCUCAGCCCUCAGGCCUUGAAACACAUAUGGGUGCGCACGGCACUCAUCGACAGAGUCCUGGACAAGGUUGUGCAGUACCUGGCGGAAAACUGCAGCAAGUACUACGAGAAGGAGGCAUUGCUGGCAGACCCUGUGUUCGGCCCGAUCCUGGCCUCUCUUCUAGUGGGACCCUGUGCCUUGGAAUACACUAAGCUCAAGACAGCUGAUCACUACUGGACUGACCCCUCUGCUGAUGAGCUGGUCCAGAGGCACCGCAUCCGGGGUCCGCCUACUCGCCAGGACUCCCCUGCAAAGCGCCCAGCCCUGGGGAUCCGGAAACGGCACUCCAGCGGCAGCGCGUCGGAGGACAGGCUGGCUGCCUGCGCCCGCGAGUGUGUGGAGUCCCUGCACCAGAACUCACGGACACGGCUGCUCUAUGGCAAGAACCACGUGCUGGUGCAGCCGAAGGAGGACAUGGAGGCGGUCCCUGGCUACCUCUCCCUGCACCAGUCUGCAGAGAGCCUGACUCUGAAGUGGACCCCCAACCAGCUGAUGAACGGGACUCUGGGGGACUCCGAGCUGGAAAAGAGCGUUUACUGGGACUAUGCCCUGGUGGUGCCCUUCAGCCAGGUGGUGUGCAUCCACUGCCACCAGCAAAAGAGCGGCGGCACGCUUGUGCUGGUGAGCCAGGAUGGCAUCCAGAGGCCGCCGCUGCAUUUCCCGCAGGGAGGACACCUGCUGUCCUUUCUGUCCUGUCUGGAGAAUGGGCUGCUGCCUCGAGGACAGCUGGAGCCCCCGCUGUGGACCCAGCAGGGGAAGGGGAAGGUGUUCCCCAAGCUACGGAAACGAAGCAGCAUACGCUCCGUGGAUAUGGAGGAGAUGGGCACGGGGCGGGCCACCGACUAUGUGUUCCGGAUCAUCUACCCCGGCCACAGGCAUGAGCACAUCACUAUUAACUACCACCACCUAGCGGCCAGCCGCGCGGCCUCGGUGGACGAUGAUGAGGAAGAGGAGGAUAAACUGCACGCAAUGCUCUCAAUGAUCUGCUCGCGGAACCUCACAGCUCCCAAUCCGAUGAAAGAUGCUGGUGACAUGAUCGAGAUGCAGGGCUUUGGGCCCGGCCUGCCAGCCUGGCACCUGGAGCCCCUGUGCAGUCAGGGCUCCUCCUGCCUCUCCUGCUCCUCCAGCAGCUCCCCACAUGCAACCCCCAGCCACUGUAGCUGCAUCCCCAACCGGUUGCCGCUCAGGCUACUGUGUGAGAGCAUGAAGAGGCAGAUCGUGUCCCGGGCCUUCUACGGCUGGCUGGCACACUGCCGCCACCUGUCCACGGUGCGGACCCAUCUGUCAGCGCUGGUGCACCAUAGCAUUAUUCCACCUGACCGGCCCCCGGGGGCCUCCGCAGGCCUCACCAAGGACACGUGGAGCAAGUAUCAGAAGGACAAAAAGAACUACAAAGAGCUGGAGCUGCUGCGGCAAGUGUACUACGGAGGCAUAGAGCACGAGAUCCGCAAGGACGUCUGGCCCUUUCUGCUUGGCCACUACACGUUCGGCAUGAGCAAGAAGGAGAUGGAGCAGGUGGAUGCAGUGGUGGCAGCAAGGUACCAGCAGGUGUUGGCAGAGUGGAAGGCCUGCGAGGUGGUGGUGAGGCAGCGGGAGCGGGAGGCCCACCCAGCCACACGCACCAAGUUCUCCUCGGGCAGCAGCAUCGACAGCCACGUGCAGCGCCUCAUCCACCGAGACUCCACCAUCAGCAACGAUGUGUUUAUCUCUGUGGAUGAACUGGAGCCCCCGGGGCCCCAGGACCCUGAAGAUUCCAGACCAAAGCCUGAGCAGGAAGCAGGAGCCGGGACGCCGGGCACCGCCGCGGUGGAGCAGCAGCAUUCCGUGGAGUUCGACUCUCCAGACUCAGGACUGCCCUCCUCUCGCAAUUACUCCGUGGCCUCGGGCAUCCAGUCAAGCCUAGAUGAGGGGCAGAGCGUAGGCUUCGAAGAGGAGGACGGCGGCGGGGAGGAAGGCCCCAGUGGGCCCGGCCCUGCAGCUCACACUUUCACGGAGCCCCAGGAUCCCAGCCAGGAGAAGCCUCCUCAGGCCGGAGAACUGGAGGCGGGGGAGGAGCUUGCAGCUGUGUGCGCAGCUGCCUACACUAUAGAAUUACUGGACACUGUGGCCUUAAACCUGCACCGCAUAGACAAGGAUGUGCAGAGAUGUGACCGCAACUACUGGUACUUCACGCCCCCCAACCUUGAGAGGCUCAGAGACGUCAUGUGCAGCUACGUGUGGGAGCACCUGGACGUGGGCUAUGUGCAGGGCAUGUGCGAUCUGCUGGCCCCUCUCCUGGUCACCCUCGACAACGAUCAGCUGGCCUACAGCUGCUUCAGCCACCUCAUGAAGAGGAUGAGCCAGAACUUCCCCAACGGGGGUGCCAUGGACACCCACUUCGCCAACAUGCGCUCCCUCAUCCAGAUCCUGGACUCAGAGCUGUUUGAGCUGAUGCAUCAGAAUGGAGACUACACCCACUUCUACUUCUGUUAUCGCUGGUUCCUGCUGGAUUUUAAGAGGGAACUGCUGUACGAGGAUGUGUUUGCUGUGUGGGAGGUGAUCUGGGCAGCCAGGCACAUCUCGUCGGAGCACUUUGUCCUGUUCAUCGCCCUGGCCCUGGUGGAGGCCUACCGAGAGGUCAUCCGCGACAACAACAUGGACUUCACCGACAUCAUCAAGUUUUUCAACGAACGCGCUGAGCACCACGAUGCCCAGGAGAUCCUGCGGCUCGCCCGGGACCUCGUCCACAAGGUGCAGCUGCUCAUAGAGAACAAGUGAGCUGGGGCCAGGAGGCAGCAGCCGUACAGAGCCUGGACCUCGGGCGCCUGGGCUCCGGCAGGGAGAGGUGCAGGGGAAUCACCACCCAGACCGCCCCAGCCACCAGCCGACCCCACCUCUGUUCCUGACAAAGUGACUGUGAGCCUGGGAUCCGACUCCCGGCAGUGCUGACCCUGCAGGGCAAGCCAGGGGCCAGGAUGCCCUCAGAUCAGGGCCAGGAUGGGAGCGGCCAGCCUCAGGGAGCAGCUGCCUUGGGGGACACACCUACUCUACUCCCCAUGAUAACGGGCUAUAGUGGCCUGGGCCCUACUUAGCUGGGGUGGCAGAGGGGAGAGGCUCCGUGCUGUGUCCCAUCUGAGGGUCCCUUUGCAGCCCCAAUAUAUUGUGUGUGCACCAGCCCCAGCUGGAGCAGCCAGAAAUGCUGCCGGUUUAGGCAUAUGUCCUGGGUGCAGGAGGCCUGGGUCGCCUUCAGGCCGCUCCCCUGAGAUUCUGGGGCAGUCAGAAGAUGUGGGCCCUGGGCGGGAGCAGCCCACCUCAGCAGCACUGCCACUGCCUUUGGCCACCUGAGGUGACCCCCAGGCCUCCUGGCCCUGUACAGUGUACCUCUGUGUGUCUGUACAGCCUCACUCCUGCCACCCCACCCUCGCGUUCUGCAUUAGGUACUUCUCUGAAAACCACGUGUAAGUGACGCUCUUGCCAUUGGAUGAUCUGGAAUGCGACCGGAGCACUUGCUCUGAGGAAUGCCAGGGUGAUUGUGUAGGGGAGCAGUCUGGUCACAGCCUCCUCUCAGGGACAGGCCUCAGUUCUGGGGCAGCCCACUAUCUGUCACGGACAUCUGCUGCGUCCCUGGGGCUGGGGAAGGCAGGGGAUGCAUGGGUGUCCCUUCUGUCCCUGGUGAGAAGCAAAGCUAGCUCUGCCUUCCACAUGCAUCUCAGGAUGCCAGGAGGCCUAGGAACCCAGAAACCCCCUUGGAGGAGCUGUGUACACGGGGCUGCCAGGAAGGGCAUAGCUCCUGCCCCCAGGCCUAGGCAUGCUGCUUGCUUGGCCAUCCCCACUUCCUCCUCCACCCCAACACAUGCAGGCUAGGCCUUGCCCUGGGACCUGGAGGCCCUGCCUGGGGCUGGGCCUGUUCACAGCCACCAAAGUCUGGCAGACUCUGUAUUUGAGAAACAUGACAAAGGGCCCUGCACCCUUCUGCACCCAGGACAGCCUCCCAGCCCAGCCCUGCCCCCGGGCAUUGCACAGCCUGUCUGGGGGCCAGACCAUCCUUGUUGUCCAUGAGUCCUCGGCCUCCACCAAGCACGUGUGGCCAUCGUGUGCCUGCCUUAGUAACUCCGUGGUUUUGUGAGGAGCAGAGUGUGUAUGGUUUUUGCCUCAGAAACUAUACUCUUCUGUGUAACAGACCAAUAAACAGCGUUUGUCAACAC